AUUGUUUAUUGUGUUAUCUUGGUCUAAAGGCCAAACGUAAUGAAGACAUCGCGUGCUUGAAUAAAAAAAGAAAGUGAAACCAAUGCAGGAGUAUAGCAUGGAUCUAAAUGAAAGGGAGAACAAACUGGAGGUGGUGGAAGAGGUGGUGGUGAAAGAUGCUAUACAAUCCGUCGAUACAACGGACAAAAAAUCUCAGGCGUACAAACAAGCCAAUUCUUAUGCCGCGAAAAAGACUGUAGCCCAGGGUAUGAUGGAUAUUGCCCUCAUUACCGCUAACGCAAAUCAAUUAAGGUACUUAAUUGAGUAUCAACGGGAAAGCUCCACGUUUUAUCUGAUUAUGAGCUUAAUCAUUAUUAGUCUUUUUCUUCAGGUAGCCGUAGGUGUCAGUUUAAUUUUCAAAGGUCGAUUUGACAUAAAAGGACAAUCGAAGUCAAUACAGGCCCGAAAAAUCAAUAAUUACGUGGUGGUUGGUAUUUUUCUGAUAACUAUUAUAAACGUAUUUAUUGCCGCAUUUAGUAUAUCCGUUCCUACUGCAGUACCUCAGGUGAUAAAUAAUAGUCAAUAG